AUGUGCAGCAUUGGUCAGAAGGUGAUGCGUCCGGGGGUCGCUACCCGGGCAAAACCGGAUACUGCUCCCGGAAGAACGCUUUCUCCGCUGCGCCUCGGUGUUUUGGUGACGGGACCAGCUCGCUUUUUGGCAGGAGUGCCAGGUCAACGACUCAACCAACGGGGCGGCGCGGCGGGCCAGCGGGGACCUUUGUCGGUGUCCCUGCCACUAGCAAUUUUUUUGGUCUUUUAUCUCUCACUUGUUCCUCUUAGGCUGUCGCCAACAUCCCGUUUGCCGAGCUUCGACUGGGAUUCCUCAAUCUGCCCAUAUCCGUGCUUUCUGGCCUCUUCCACCUCGGCGUCUGUUUUUUCCAGAUCCCGAACUGUCAAUCUUGCAGCCAAUAAUAGCUGUAGUGUUAAUGCUGAUGCUGCUACUCCGUACACACGAGACAGAGUAGCCGUAUGGUCAUCGCGAUCGUCCAUUGAAGUGAGCAAGGGUGGUUUUUCCUAUGGGUCAGGUACGUACCCGUACAUGCGCCCAGAUGCGCGACGGGGGUAG